UUGCUUCCGCGGGGCCCCGCGGCCCCGGCAGCCCGCCCACGGGGCGGCCCCGCACGCUGCCUCCGGCGCUGCCCGCCCGGCGCGUCGGGUUUUUUUUCCCCUCCGACGAGGGAUUCGUCUCUGUCCGUCGCUGUUCCGGCCGGUUCUUUCUAAGCUUCUCGGGAGGCGCCGGCUCGGCUGCGCCAACCUCCUGCCACACGGUUGGGAAGCAGCUCGAGCACCCGGGAACCUUCUGUGGCUCCCACCCGAACCUCACCCCGCUUGCUCCUGUUGCAGCUUGUCCUUACGAGACCUCUGCGUGCUGAGGCCGGGCUGAGUUCACCUCGAACGGGGCCGACCAGACCCGAACGCCUGGCUCUGAGCGCGGCCGCUCCGCUGCGUGCCGCGCUGGCGCUCGUCUCCCUGCUGCAGAGCGCCGCAGGGCCGCGGCGGCUGGUGCUCGCGCUGUGAUCGGGCUCAUGAGACGCUUACCCUGCCGGAGAGGGAAUCCAGCUGGAGGAAAGCUCGGUACGUCGAGGCCGGUUUUGCCUUCGCUGAAGUCGUUUGGCUGCUUCUGAUCCUUGGCGCCUUCCCUUCAUCGGAGCUGCUGGGUGACGGUUUGUCUCUAUUGCUGGGUGCGGAGGAGAGACCUCUGCGGCACGCGACCCCGGGCGACGGGCGCCGUGCCGCCGCGCCGACGCUGCCCGCGCUCCUUCCAGGUGCGAGCUCUGCCCCGGCGCCAUGGCCGACACCAUCUUCGGCAGCGGCACCGGCCAGUGGGUCUGCCCCAACGACCGGCAGCUGGCCCUGCGCGCCAAGCUCCAGACCGGCUGGUCGGUGCACACGUUCCAGACCGAGAAGCAGAGGAAGAUGCAGGCUCUGAGCCCGCAGGAACUUGAGGUCAUUCUGGAAGUCAUCCGCAAGGCGGAGAAAUUGGACAUCAUCGAGCAGCAGCGCAUCGGGCGCCUGGUGGAGCGGCUGGAGAACAUGAGAAAGAACGCGAUGGGCAACGGGCUCUCCCAGUGCUUGCUCUGCGGCGAGCUGCUCGGGCUGCUGGGGAGCACGUCCGUCUUCUGCCAGGACUGCAGAAAGAAAGUUUGCACCAAAUGUGGAAUAGAAACUGUUGGAAGCCAGAAACGUCCGCUUUGGUUGUGCAAGAUCUGCAGCGAGCAGAGAGAGGUUUGGAAGAGGUCUGGCGCCUGGUUCUACAAAGCGCUGCCCAAGUACAUCGCGCCGCCGAAGAGCGCCAGCAAACCCAGCGAGCGGCACUCGCAGCCUUGGCAAAGCGAGGCCGCCGCGCCGGCGGCGGACGGCGUUGGGAGCAGCCGUUCCUUCACCUGGGCCCGGCGCCAAGUGGUUUCUAGCGACAGCGAGAGCGAUUCGGAGCUCAGUUCCUCCAGCCUGGACGACAGGCCCCUGGACGGGAGGUCCCAAGCCUCGCAGGACGCAGACCAGCAGGCAGACGCGGGUGAGGAAUCGCCGUUCCUCGCGGGGCGUGAAGCGCUCCCACCUUUGGCUCUCGGCGCGGUGGGUUUUGGCCAAGCCCUUGGCUGCCCUGGACGGGCGCAGCCCGCUGGCGGCGGUCGCGCUGGGUGAGGGUCUCGGUCACCUUCGGCACCGAGACGGCGGUGGUGGGGCCAGGCCCCCGCCGAGGCCCGGAGCUCGCGCCUGCCCUGGGCAGGCAGCGGCGCCCGCGGCAGCUUCUGCUGAAGCGGAGCAGACCAGCUGCUUUGUAAGAGAAUAAAUUUUUCCCUAGCACUAGGCGCCUCUUAGAGCCAGGCACGGCUCUUCCCAGAGCUCUGCAGUGCAAAAAAUAAAAAUAAAAAAGAAAAGAAAAGAAGAGUGCAAAAAAAAAGAAAAAGAAAAUAAGGAAAAAAAAAUAAGAAAAAAGACACCGGCGGCGCCGGGGAGGUGAAGGCGGCUCCGUGGCCGCGCUGCGCCCCGCUCCGCUCCCCGACGCGCCCGUCUGUGUUUUGCAGGCCCGCGGCGCGCCCGCUCCGGUCCCCGCUGCUGACGGAGGCCGAGACGGCGCCCGGCCGCCCCGCGGCCCUGCUCCCCCCGCGCUCCCCCCAAACGGGGGGGCCGGGAGACGCCAGGGCUCGGGAAGAGGCGCCCGGAGAAGCCGGCAGCACCAGUGAGGAGGGGGGCGGCUGGGGCGCCCACCGCCCCGGCGUGCUGGCAGCCGCUAAAAGCUUUUAAAUGACUCUGUCUCGUCAAGCUCGGCAGCUCCUCCUGCCGCCCGUGUGCACCUUGUCUCCCGUGGGAGCGAGGGCUCGUGGUUCAGCUGCGCGCAGCGAGCCUGGCUGCCUGCCGCGGUGCGCCCGCGGGUUGGCCGUGCACCCAGCACUUGAUGGUGCACCCGCGGGUUGGCCGUGCACCCAGCACUUGAUGGUGCACCCGCGGGUUGGCCGUGCACCCAGCCGCUUCGCUGCUGCGAUGCACAACUUCCCUCCGAGGCCUGAUGAGAAAAAAGAAAUCAAAUUACUUGACAUCUCUGGAGCACCUAAGUCUUUGAAGGCCUGAACAAAAACUCGCACUAGGCAAGUAGGAGUUUGCAGGGUUUUGGCGAAGCGCUUCGGGCCUGAUCCGCGUUCUGCUGAAGGAGUGAAGGAUUCCCCAAAGUUCUGCCUGCAGCCGUGGCUUUUAAGGCGAUCCGCGCCCGUUGGCGCCAGCCUUCCUCCCCGGGCGUCUCCCUUGGGUGCCGCUUCCCGGCCAGCGCGCUCUGGCAGGGUGCUGGGCAGUCCCUGCAGCUCUGCGGGUCGUUUGCACCCUUUCGAGGACGGGAUCGAGCCCGUCGGGUGGCGCUUGGGAAGGAGCCGCCGAGCGCGCGGAGCCCGUUCGCCCCGGGGUCCCGGCGCGGGGCUGGGCGCUGCUUUUUAAACCCGUCAGCCCCGUCUCUGAACGGGCCAACACCGGGGUGGUGGUGGGGGGGGUCGUUAUUUUGGUUUGCAUACGCUCUGUUUUGGCCCCGUGGAGUUACCCCAGCCGGGCUGCGCUGUCGGCAGGCGGCUGCGGGGGGCCGCGGCGGGAGCCCUGGUUAAAAUGCCACCGCGAGCCUGGCCCGGGUGACUGCCUUCCGCGCUGGGUCAGGGUGGGCAGGAGGAGCACGGACAGCGCAAAGUCGCCCCCGAUGGCUUGCGCUGCUUUCGUGGUUGUUUUUGUUGUUCUCUUCUCCACCCUCACAACUUUUAUGCGGUGUUUAGUACUGGAUCCAAUAAAGCUUUGGCUCUGUAA